AUGUAUCAGGGCCAGCAUAGCACUCCUGCCGACAGUGAACGAAAAGAACCGCGAGUAUUCGUCAUCCAUACAGGGGAAGACAAAGACUCAUUUGUCCGCCCGUUGGUCAGCAACCUGCAACAACAGGGAUUGGCCGAAAGAGACAUCUUUUUUGAUGACGUUUCCAUCAGACCUGGUGACGUCAUCAGGGACAGAAUAAUUGCGACCUUAUCAAGUGCAAGUUUAGAGCUUGCUGUCAUUGUCGUUAGCUCAUCAUUCCUUAACAAGCCCUACUGGCCAAAACUAGAGUUUGAAACAUGUCUGAAAAACAACAAACAGAUAUUCCCCAUUUGGGUUGAUGCCAACGAAGACAACUUCAAGGCCUUCAGUGAGUCUGUCGGAAGGUAUUCUCCUACACUGAAACAGAUGAGUGCGAGACGUGUGCAGAGAGAUGAUGUUACUAGUGAGCUGCCAAACAUCGCUGCUGAGAUCGUACAGCGGCUUUCUACAUUGAGACAUGGACAUAAUGUGACACGGCAAACAGGAUCGCCAUGUACUGUAGAGGACGUCAUCAACACUCUCAAAGACCUGUAUGCCACAGAGUAUGCGAACAUGCGGCCUCUUCCGUGGUGUGAAGAUCUCAACCUGCCUUUGAGAGAAGUCUACACCAACCUGCAGUAUCAACGUAGGGACGAUAGGGGGCACUUCAAGGACACGGGGAUGAUUGUAAGCUUAGAAGAUAUUUACAAGACGAGCAAAGGUCAAGCUAAGAAUGAUGAUGCAAGGUCGGGUGUUAGAAGAAUAAGGGUAGAGGGGGAUCCCGGUAUUGGGAAGUCGUGCUCUUGUCAGAAACUGGCUCAUGAUUGGUCCUCUGGGAAAUUGGAUGAUUUUAAGGCUGUCUUAUUUCUGGAAAUGCGGCACAUGUCUGGGAAAGUAAAAGAUGCAAUAUUUGAGCAGCUCCUACCAGAGGAUACAAAUAUGACCCAAGACCAGCUCUGGUCCUACAUCCAAGAGAACCAGGAUGAUGUUCUCUUCAUCCUGGACGGUUUAGAUGAGCUCAGUCAGACAGCUAGGGAAGUCACAGAUGUGAUGGCCUUGAUUCAGGGUAAAAUCCUCAGGAACUGUCAUGUCCUGGUGACCUCCAGGCCGUACCACUGUGUCAAAGACCUGGAGAAAUGUCACGAGUUUUACAAAAUCGUUGGUUAUAGCAUAAAGAAUUCUUUUGAAUUCAUACAGAAAUACUUCAGCAAGACUCCCGAAACUGCUACAAAGCUGUCAGAUCAGCUUUUCCGUCACCAAAAUUUAUCGAGAAUAGCUGUUAAUCCCCUCAACAAUGUGCUGAUAUGUAUUGUCUGGGAAGACAAUGUCAAUGAGGGGAGAGUACCUACCAGUCCAGCUGAACUGUAUGAAAUGAUUGUAUAUUCGGUUGCCAAACGAUACUGUGCAAAGAAAGACAUUCAGUUAGAAGGGGAUAGAUUUCCUACAAACGUAGAACAAGCAUUGCGAUGCUUGAGGAAAUUGUCCUGGGAGGGACUACAGCAGGAUCAGCUCCAGUUUAACAUAGAUGAUAUCAAAGAGAAGUUUGGACACAAUGCCGAUGACAUGUUGGCUAUCGGCUUACUGACAAGAGACAACUCGUUCUCAAGGAUCAAACGCACUCACUUCUGCGCCUUCUUACAUAAAACCUUUCAAGAAUACUUGGCUGCCUACUACGUCAGUGAGUGGGUUAAACAGGAGAGUACAAGUAAAGCUGGUAUAGAAUAUCUUCGUAGUUUGUUUGGGAUGACAAAGGCUACAGCUUGUAAUGUUGACAUAGAACUGAUGUCAGCAAACCGUGAGAGGUAUAGAGAGGUACAGAACAUGUUGCUUUCCGUCCUGGGUGACAGUUCAGGUUUGCUGUUCGAACUGUUUGCAGAGGAACUCAGCAAAGAUGGGUGUAAAGAGGACAAGAAUCUUUUGUCUUUUUUCUGUAUCACAUUUCUUGGUAGAACGUGCGAAGCUGGUAAAGCGGAGUUUAGAUUGGCGGAGAUUGUGGCACCUUGUUUGCCCCAGCACAUAACAAACGAUGUGUGGGGGCAUGCUGCUUGUAACUCCUUUAAAUUUGAUCAUGUUGAGUGGAUUGAUGGGGAACAGAACCUUGGAGACAUUGACGAUUGA